AUGGAAGAGCAGAAGAAGAGGCGCGUAGAGGAGGGGAUGAAGGUGAACAGCGGGGUGGAGAGCACCUCCCCCUUCUCCAUGAAAAGGAAAAGUAGCACAGGGUCAGUGAAUUCGCAAAUCACAGAGACGAGAAAUAAACAAGGGGUAUACCCAAUAACAGAAAAUAAUCUAAUCAUACAAGAAGGAGAAGACAGAUGCACCAAGGCAAAGGAGAUAUUAAAAAAGUACGUUAGUAAUAUUUUUGAAAAUGAAAGAACCUUAUAUAUUUACUGCAAGUACGUCAUGCUGCACUAUGGAAAGGAUCUGGUAGAUGUAAACCAAGUGGAUUCUUUAGAUUUCCAGAUAAUCAACGGUGGAAUCACAAACAUUUUAGUAAAAGUGAAAGACACAUCGAAACAAAAUCAGUACCUCAUAAGAUUGUACGGACCAAAAACCGAUGUAAUUAUAAAUAGAGAAAGAGAAAAAAAAAUUUCUUGCAUUUUGUAUGAUAAAAAUAUAGCUAAGAAGAUAUAUGUUUUUUUCGCAAACGGGAGAAUUGAAGAAUUCAUGGAUGGCUAUGCCUUAUCCAGGGAGGAGAUAAAGAGCCCGAAUUUUCAAAAACUUAUUGCAAAAAAUUUGAAACUCCUACAUGAUAUCAAUUUGAAUGACAAUUUUUACAAGGAACUGCAAGUAACACAAAAUGUUCCUGGUACAAGACCAUCGUUCUUGUGGAACACCAUCUGGAAAUAUUUUAAUUUGCUGAAUGAGGAACGGAAGAAAAAGUGUUGUUUCGAUUCUAAGGCUAAUAUUUUAAAACUUAUCGACUUUGACAUACUGCGGGAGAGCAUAAUUGAGGUGGAGAAGUUGUGCAAAAGUGAAAACUCACCUAUCGUACUUUGUCACUGUGAUUUACUCUCCUCCAACAUUAUCAACACUGUGGGUGUCGCUGUAGAAGGUGUAGACGCGGUGAAAACGGUUGGCUCGAGUACUGAUCCUAAUACCGAGAAUAAUGAUGGAGCGGCCACCUCCACCAAAGACGGGGCAAAUAUCUCCUUUAUCGAUUUUGAGUACUCUUGUCCUAUGGAGCGUGCCUAUGACAUAGCCAACCAUUUUAAUGAAUACGCUGGGUUCAACUGCGAUUGGGAUUUAACUCCGUCAAAAGAAGAAGAAUAUUAUUUUAUAAAACAUUACUUGGACACUGAUGAUGAGGAAUUAAUUAAUAAACUCAUCCAGGAAAUACAACCAUUUUACAUCUGCUCGCACAUCAACUGGGGUUUGUGGUCCCUCCUGCAGGGAAUGCAUUCGUCCAUUGACUUUGACUUUAUGAACUAUGGCAUGACUCGCCUCACUGCGUCUUGUCUACCCAUUUUUAGAUCCAAGGUAUCCAAAAAAAAAGGCGAAGCAAAGAACCAACAUAUGGAUCAUCCAACUUGGCCGUAA